ACAUAAUUUUACACAUCCAACCAUAUAUUCCACUUUAAUACAAAAUAAAACUAAUAAAUACCUAAAUGUGCAUCGAAGUCUGUGAGACAUGGGAGACAAACCAAAAUCAAGAAUCACGAAAAUACCCACAUUCUACCAAUUCCUUUUCGGGGGGUCAGCCGGCAUGCUGGCAAUUUGCAUCGUCCAGCCCAUGGACCUGCUGAAGACCAGAAUGCAGCUGCUGGGGCCUGCCGCCAAGGACUACACCAUGGUCAAGAUGGCCAAGGAGGUAGUCUCAAAAGAGGGUGUGGCGGGCCUGUACAGCGGGAUCUCCGCCGCGCUGUUUCGGCAGGCCACGUACACUACUGGACGCCUCGGGAGCUUCAACGCUAUCACCGAUAUAUACACAAAAUCAUACGGAACGCCGAACUUCGCCAUGAAGAUCCUCAUCGGUAUGACGGCGGGCGGCAUCGGCGCGCUAGUGGGGAACCCUGCCGAGGUGGCGCUCGUCAGAAUGACCGCCGAUGGCCGCCUGCCACCGGAGAAACGAAGGAAUUACUCACAUGUCUUCAACGCGCUUGGGAGAAUGGUCAGCGAGGAAGGUGCGGGCACGUUACUCCGCGGCGCCUCCGCCACCGUCUCCCGCGCGGCGGUCGUCAACGGCGCCCAACUAAGCUCCUACGCUCAAGCCAGGGAAAUGCUCCUGCCCAUGAUGGGGGAGACUAUGUUACUACACUUCACUGCGUCUAUGAUCGCUGGCCUAAUCACCUCUGCUGCUUCACUACCGCUUGACAAGGUUAAAACUAAAGUGCAAAGCGCGGCAAAAGGCGGCGAGCAGAAAGGCAUGGUCGGCGUAAUAUUGGAGGUGCUAAAGAAGGAGGGUAUCCUAGGGUUCUGGAGCGGGUUCCUGCCGACCUACCUCAAGAUAGGACCCCACACGGUCUUCACUUUCAUCUUCCUGGAGCAGAUAAACGCUGCGUACUUCAGGGCUGUCAAUGCGUAACUUUUGGACGCCA